GUGUACUUUAUCAAAGUCUGAGAAAUCUCAAUAUCUGUUAUCAAAUUAUCUAAGUAGGUACGAUUCGUACAGUUAAAUAACCAAUAAAAUUAUGCAAUGCUACCUCUUACACAAUGCUCGCAAAGCAGGUACCGACCGACUAUCCGGUCUUAAGAGGAAUACAUAACCGACCAGCCGAGGCGUGCAUAAGAUUCUUGUACAUAACUCAGGAAUAAGGGCAGAAGGGCUAGGUAGCUUCCAGGUGUACGUAGCUUGUAGUACGGGUCAAGGAAGCAGCUAACCAAUCUCAGGGUCCAUUUGACCCAUUAUCUUAGCUCUCUUAUCCCCCAACUUUCCACAAGUUCCUCAACAAUCUCCGAACUCCGUUCCCGUUCCCGUGCAUCCAGUGCCUUCAUCUCGAUUCGAAAGUCUGCGUAGCAAGCGGUUUCUAUUGAUAUUUUUCCUCUUUUAAACCUCAAAAAUAUUAAAUACAACAAAUUCAAAAUGGCGGACAAGGAGUACACCUACCAGGAUAUUGCUGAGCACAACACUAAGAAGGAUCUUUUUGUUGUUAUCCACGAUAAGGUCUACGAUUGCACAAAAUUCGUCGAUGAACAUCCUGGUGGUGAAGAAGUUUUGUUAGAUGUCGGUGGCCAAGAUGCGACGGAAGCUUUCGAAGAUGUCGGCCACAGUGACGAAGCUCGAGAGACCUUAGAACAACUCCUCGUCGGUACUCUUAAGCGACAGCCCGGUGACCCUUCCCCCAAGGACCGACAGUCAUCUCUUGCGCCUGCCGCCAACACAAGCUCUGCUGGUAUGGGAACUGCUUUGUACGCCAUUAUCUUCAUCGGAGGUUUACUUGGUUUCGGUGCAUUCCAAUACUUCCAGGCGCAGCAAGGCAAAGAGGCUUAAACGGGAUCGUACAUUUCGGAGUGAAUUGUUUGGGGAUUAAGAGCGUCCAGGAUGAUUCAGGGGAUGGACGAUUUAUAUCCUCUGGGCAAUGUAUUUGAUGAAAGGUACUCAAUAGAUGGAGCUAUUUAGUUCUUCGCGAUGCAUUGGUCCAUUGUUCUUACCAUCAUUCAGACUUUCUUAGUUAAUUUAGAACACCAAGUCGGAUGAAAAUAUAGAUAGCUCAUUUAACAUUAGUAGAGAGAUGAACUUGCUAGAAGACAGCAGUCACUUUUUUAAUAAAAAGGCAGUUUUAAUAAUUCCGAUGAUCGAAAGGAGUAGGAAGUACUGUAGCAAUGAAUUAAUA